UUCAUGGUGAUCACCAGCUUCUACUCAUGUGGCCUCUUUGCUCGAUGGUUGAGAAGCUGAUGAGAAUGGCUGGAGAGGGAAAUGGCUUCCUCGAGUCUCCGGACUCUAAUGAUUCGUCCCCCACCCGUCAUUUCUACUCCGUAGAUGUCCCUCAUGUUCGUCAGCUUUUCAACUGGGAUUGUGGUCUCGCUUGUGUGUUGAUGGUUUUAAGGACUCUUGGCUCUACCCAUUGUAGCGUUCAGGAUCUAGAGAAGUUCUGCCCCACAACCAGUAUCUGGACGGUUGAUCUGGCGUACUUGUUGCAUGAGUAUUCGGUUAAUUUUUCUUUCUUCACUGUAACUCUUGGGGCUAAUCCAGAAUAUUCAACAGAAGCCUUCUAUAAGGAGUUCUUGGAAGCUGACCUAGGCCGUGUUGAUAGGCUAUUUGAGAAAGCAGUUGAAAUGGGCAUCAACAUACAAUGUAGGUCUCUAAGUGGAAAGGAAAUCUCUGGCUUGAUAUUGUCUGGACAAUAUAUUUUUAUUGCUUUGGUUAAUAAGGUUAAGUUGAGUCAAUCUUGGCAAGAGGAGAUGAGUGCUUCAGGAGACUUAAGUAAGAAUACAAGUUAUACAGGGCACUAUAUUGUAAUAUGUGGCUACAAUUCGCAAACCAAUGAAUUUGAAAUAAGAGAUCCUGCUAGCCCAAGGAAAUAUGAGAGACUGUCUUUGGAGUGCCUUGAUGAAGCACGCAAGUCGUUUGGGACUGAUGAAGACAUUAUCUUGGUAUCGUUGAAUGGUAAAGACACAAACAACCUGUUACCUCAGGCGCUGACAUGAUAUGCUGAUCUUGCCAAUCUGCAGCAUCAUUUAGGAUUCAGGGGCGCGGCUGCACUUCAAGUAUAUUGCUGUUUAUUUUGCUCAGCAUUUUUCUCAUUUCUCUGCACCCAUGAUCUAUGUACAUUGACAACAUCUUGAAUAUAAUAAAAACACAUGUUUAAUAAAUUAGUGGUUUAUCCAUUUUUUUGUUUUUUUAAUAUAAUGAAUACAUUUAUGAUUUUCACAAGUUGUAUUCUCUCAAUUUUGAAAAGCUACUUAAACUGGCUUGGUAUUUUGUUUUCUC